CACGGGAAGCCGCGCGGCGGCUCAGGGUCUCCAGACCUCCUCCGGAGGGACGUGUGCGGGAGUGGCCCGAGGACCGGUUCAGGAAAGUUCUUUGGCCAACUUGUUCCCCACAGGGGACCCAAUUCACACAAGAGCGACAGGACCGUGGACAGCGCCGACCGGCGCGCUCGGGCGAGGGAGGCGGCGGCACCGCGGACAGCGCCGAACGCGGGCGGCGGGCGGCGGGGAGAGCGCGGCGGGGAGAGCGCGGCGGGCCGGCACCGCGGACAGCGCCAAAGCUGCGGCGCGCGCGGGGAGCAGGCUCAUCAGCUGACGUCUGACGUAGGGCUGGAUCCCCACCUUGAUAAGCAGGUCGGUGGGCGCGCCGGUGUUCGCUCUCUGAGCCGCAGCCCCGGAUGGGGUUGCCGGGGACGGGGACGCGGCAGAAGGCAGUCCCAGAGAGCAGGCGCCUGCGGCUUCCCCGGACGCGGCGGAGGCUGCGGGCUCGACCAGCACUGGGAGAGCUUCUGCGCUGACGCACCAGCGCGCUCCUGGCACCCACACGCCGCGGGGCCGACCCGGGAGAUGCCGGGCUCCCAGCACCGGACCGCCGUCUCCGCGGAGGUGAGGAACCUGGGACAGGCGGCCUCUUAGGCUAAGCUCUUUGACCCUGCGCCCCAGCCUCCGAGGGCUUCGGAUUCUGGAGCCUGCAGCCCAGCGCCCUCCUCUCCUAGACCAUCUCUCCGGGACGCUCACUGGCAGGAGGCUGGGGUCAAAUUCACAGGCGCUUUCGAAAGAGCUCGCCACUGCUUAGAGGACGCAAGCUCCCACGUCGGCUCUGGGGGCAGUGGUCACCUUGAGUCCGCUGAACGCCCUUUGUGCAAGCACCCCGGGCCGGGAUUCUGAAAUGGAUUUGCCUGUGAACUUCACCUCCUUUGCCCUUUCCACUCCCUCGUUUUUGGAGCCCAACCGCAGCCUUGGUGCGGAAGACCUGCGCCCCAGCCCGCCCCUCCUUUCCGUCUUCGGAGUGCUUGUUCUGACCUUGCUAGGCUUUCUGGUGGUGGCCACGUUCGCCUGGAACCUGCUGGUGCUGGCGACCAUUCUCCGUGUACGCACUUUCCACCGCGUGCCCCACAACCUGGUGGCGUCCAUGGCCAUCUCAGACGUGCUGGUGGCCGCGCUGGUCAUGCCGCUGAGUCUGGUGCAUGAGCUAUCCGGGCGCCGCUGGCAGCUGGGCCGGCGACUGUGCCAGCUGUGGAUUGCCUGCGACGUGCUUUGCUGCACCGCCAGCAUCUGGAACGUGGCGGCCAUAGCCCUAGAUCGCUACUGGUCCAUCACACGCCACCUGGAGUACACGCUCCGCACCCGCAGGCGCGUCUCCAAAGUGAUGAUCGCGCUCACUUGGGCACUUUCUGCUGUCAUCUCUCUGGCCCCGCUGCUCUUCGGCUGGGGGGAGACGUAUUCUGAACACAGCGAGGAGUGCCAGGUCAGCCGCGAGCCCUCCUACACGGUCUUCUCCACCGUGGGCGCCUUCUACUUGCCACUCUGCCUGGUGCUCUUCGUCUACUGGAAGAUCUACAAGGCUUCCAAGUUCCGUGCGGGCUCCAGGAAGACCAACAGCGUCUCACCCGAACCUGAGGCUGUGGAGGUAAAGGACUCAGCACAGCAACCCCAGAUGGUGUUCACCGUCCGCCGUGCCACCGUCACCUUCCAGACAGAAGGAGACACCUGGAGGGAACAGAAGGAGCAGAAGGCGGCCCUCAUGGUGGGCAUCCUCAUCGGGGUGUUCGUGCUCUGCUGGAUCCCCUUCUUCGUCACCGAGCUCGUCGGCCCCCUCUGCUCCUGGGAUGUCCCUGCUGUGUGGAAGAGCAUCUUCCUCUGGCUCGGCUACUCCAACUCCUUCUUCAACCCGCUCAUCUACACGGCCUUCAACAAGAGCUACAGCAGCGCCUUCAGGAGCUUCUUCUCUAGGCAGCACUGAGGAGAGGCCCGGAGAGGGCUUCUUCCACAGCCCUGGGGAAGAGCCUGCCUCGCGUGCUUCCAUAUCCCUGCCCGGCCACCACAGGCACGAGGUCCGUCCUCCAGGUGUCCCAGGCCACUUCAGAAUGUGGCUGUCUCGGUUCUGCACUCGCCUGGAGGGACAGGCCUCCGGGGGCUCUGGUGCCCCCACCCAGCCCAGCUCCUCUGCCUCGCUCUGCACCAGCAGCCGCAGCCUCGCCUGCCGAGUCCACUCCUUCUCCAGUCCACCCCCGCGAGGCUGUCGGCAUCAACCCAGAGCAGUCAAGGAGGCAGAGGAAAGGGAGGAGGCAGAGCAACAUGGCCGGAGUGGAGCCAGAAGCCAUCAUGGGCGUGGUGGGGAGAGCCGACCAUGGUCCUGGCUUCAUGGAGGUCCCCACUCCGGGGCUCUGCUCUGUGCGCUUUACCAGGAACUGAGAUGGAUCUGUAAUUGCUGCUUUGUUGGCUUGUGAAUUCCUGCCAGGAGGCCAAUCCCAGUAAGCAAAAAGGAAGACGGAACCAUGGCCACAGGUGGCCCCCGUCCUCCACAGAGCGCAGUCCAACUGGCCAGGCAGGACAAGGUGCCACGGCAUCCAUGACCAUUGAAGACCUUGGCCAUGCCCACAUCUCCAGAGCCAAAGGAGCUAGAAAAACACCCUGAACAAUUUGAAGAGAGAGUGGACACUGUCUUUCCAGUGAUCUCUCACCAAGAGCAGAGGAUGGUCCCUCAUCCCUGGGGACCUUCAGGCCAGAGGAGUUUGUCACCAUCUCAGGAUACUUGGUUCCUAGCAAAAUCCCCAUCGAUUGACUUGUAGUGUCUCCAAUGACCAUAGCCACUGAUGUGAGCAGACGAUCAUGGUUUAAAUCACAGAUCUAUGAUAGGAUUCCUUUUUAUAAUGAUUGAGAAGUCAUCUGCUGAGGAGUCCCUGGCUAGUGAACUGACCCUUGGGAGGAGAGGUGAUGGGUUCUUGUGACUAUCUUCAGUCAGACAAAAUGUGCUUCUACAAUUGGCCAAAGUGCAGCUACUUCAUCCUCAAGGGUUUUGACUUUAAGUGAAGCAGAAGUUCCCCAAGACUCAGGACCCUCUGUCCAGGAGCAAUGGCCUGAAGUGACUGCAUCUUAUGCCAGGGGUCUCAAUCUGAGCCACUGUUCUCACAUCGCUGCCCAGGCUGACAGCAAAUUAGGCUUCCUCCUCAUCCCCAAGAAGAACAGCGCACAGAUCCGUGAGCGGCUUCUUACAACAUGGUUUUGCUAAAGGUAAUUGUUAAGUACGUAUGGGCUUUUUACCUUGCUCAAAACUGAUAGAACACAUUAAAGAUUGUCUUGCUGAGUCUGAACCCUGUGAAAACGCUUGCAAAAUGUUCUAAGUCGUGUAAAUUCUGAACUGUUUUCUUAACUAACCAAGGCGCUGUAGUCAGGAGCCCUUGGUGUGAUGAAUCUUAAGAACAAAAAGCAAGUAGGAGCAUGAUUGUUACUUUUCUGACCUUCUUUGAACUCUAGGUAUAAAUAAACUGACUUGUUGGUGUCACCUAGAUUCUGUGCUAAACAUGCCCCUAAGUUGUUGUAUUUCAUCCUGUCAGUCCAAAGGACUCUGGCCUCUCCAGAUUGCCCUGUCAUAGCACGUGGGGACAUUACCCACAUCAAGUCAAAAUGAAAGAACAAUAAACCUUGGCUAUUGCACAAAACUUUAGAAUGUCCUGUUCUGUGCAUAAGUUUAAAAGUUGUGUUUUACAAGGCUCUCUGAAUUAUUAUAGCAUACAUUAUAAUAUAUUAUAUUACUAUAUUAUAUUGUAUAGAAUAACUGUAUCAA